GGUUUUCCGGAAGCGGAAGUAUAUGUAGAUAUUCACUGUAAACAUUGUGCAAAUCACUGCGUAGUAUCUGACUGGCAGUUCAUUGCCUCAUCAAGUUUAAUGUUCUGAACCUGCAAAAAAAGUGUGCAAAUAUGGGAGUAAAAGGCUUACAGUACUUUAUGGAGACUUGUUAUCCUGACACUUGUCUACAUGUGGACUUGAGACAGUUGGCUGCAGCUCAUGCCAAAGCUCAUCCUGACAUGAUGCCUACCAUGGUGGUGGAUGGAAUGGCCUGUUUGAGGUACUGGUAUCGGUGUGAAGCCUGGGUCCAUGGUGGUCAGUGGCAAGAGUACAUGCAUUUUCUACACAAAUUCGUGGAUGCAUUUAAAGUGUCCGGCUUAAGGUUGGUCUUCUACUUUGAUAGCACUAUAGAGGAACAGAAGAGAGCAGAAUGGGUGAAGAGACGCCUGAGAGUCAACCAGGAUAUAGCCAGGAUAUUUAACCACCUUAAGAAUCGUCACCAACAACCAGAUAGAAAAAUGUUCUGCCUACCUUCAGGACUGGCCAGCUUCUCCACAUUUGCAUGCAAAUCUCUUGGUCAAGAAACAUACUGCUCUGUUCGUGAAGGAGACUACGAGAUCGCUGAAUAUGCACUCUGUAACAACUGCAUCGGUAUUCUUAGUCAGGAUACAGACUUUAUCAUUUAUGACACAGUUCCUUAUAUGUCCAUUGCUAAACUCAGAUUAGAAGAUAUGACGACAGUCCAGUACUCAAGAGAAAAGCUGUGCCACAUUCUGAAGCUUCAAAAAUCUGAUCUUCCUUUUCUGGCUUGCAUCCUGGGUAAUGAUAUUGUCCCAGAGCAUCAACUGCAGAAUCUCCGUAAAAGUGUUUUGAGCUUGUAUGGGAAAAAGCACCCAGGUGAUAAGGUCCAGGCUGCAGCAGAGUUCAUAAACAGCCAUUGUCCAAAUAGUGAUGAAACACGGAUCUCCACUCUACAUUUAUCCAAAGUUGAUAUGGAGGUUGUUGAAAAGGGAAUCCAGUCAUAUCUUCUCCCAGGACAAACAUCACCUUGGUUAGAUCGAAGCUUACCUUUGCCAAAGCAGGUGUGUGUGAUGGAAAAGUACCUGAACAAAGAUAUAUUGCAGGCAGCAAAAGAGAGGCACAUCCAAGCAGAGGGCUUUAUGAUCUAUAAUGUCCUGCAGUAUGGGGUGGUGGAAUGCAGCAAUACACUGGAAGAUGAAGAACUUGGUCUGCCACCACAGGCGAUUUUAUACCAACCACUUAGAGAACAUAUCUACAGUAUUCUCCUGCCUAGUUCUUAUGGUGAAACAGUGUCUGUGCAGGAAUGGUUUGUUUUUCCUGGGAAUCCACUUAAAGAACCCCAAAAGGUGUAUCCAAAGCCUCUAAACCUUCCAGAAGGAACUCCUGACCUUACGACUCUGUGGUUCGGAAAUGCUACAGAGGUGAAAAGCAUCCGAGUGUCCGCUUUCCUGGCUGUUUUUGACCUACAGGACUUUACUGAAGAUCUUAAAUCUUUUGACACUACUUUGGUAGCUGUGAUUUGUCUUGUAGCAUACAUAGCUACUCAGGCUAAACACUUUUCCGUAGAAGACAUAGAUGCAUAUCUAAGCCAAGCCGUCUGUAUCAGAUAUAAGUCUCACACAGAGCUGCAGCACAUGAGGGUUCCUCAGGUGGACCCAAGGGCUGUUCAUCUUGGUUCCCUCUUUGUACGGGGCCUAACCUAUCUGAUUGCUGCCAAUAGUGCCUGUGGAGUUCCUUUUCCAAUGAAUGAGCUCAUGCCUUGGAAAAUGUUUGAUGGCUUGCUGUUCCAUUCUAAGUACCUACAGGCACAUUCUGGUUGUGCUAAAGAGGAGCUGCUAGAGGGCAAUCCUACAUGGGUAUCACUGUUUCUCACACUUCGCGAUCUGGUGCUUAGAGUCUGCAGAAGACAUGGCUCUACUGUCCGUAGUUUUCCAUGCCGACUUCAGCAUGGGAGGCCUAUGGAUGGAGAGUUUCACAGAGAAUGGGAACCCCAAUUCUUUAGCACCCUAGAUGGCUCCCAUAGACAGCAGCCGAGAGGUCCAGAUUUCCACAUGCAAGGACGUCAUUAUAGACCAAGAUCAAGUACAAGACAUCCUAACAGAAGGUAUCACCUUGCCCCAAGAUGGCCUCAGUAGCAAAGCUAAAGACCAGAUUUCACUUGACCCAGAAAUGUGCAAGAAAAGAGAACAUGGAGCUAUUUGACGGAUCAUUCAUUCCAGUGAAAUGACAGCAUCAUUGAUCUUCAUGGAUUCUCGGGUUCUUUUGUGUCCCCUUACCAUCCUUUAAUGCAGCUGGUGGUAUACAAUGCAUUGUCUUGUCUGCUGUGGGUUUUACUGUCUGGCUUUGAUGACUGAAUAGGCCUGUGGUAGCUUUAUAGCACACUUUUCCACACACUGUUUUGCUAUCAGUGAGGGGAUGCUGCUGCCAUAAUGAAAACCAGUAACAAUAUUUUCCAUAGCUACUUAUGAAAACAAAACUGAGUAAUAAUAAAGCUUAGAGCACCUGCCCUUGCUAUUGGCACAUAUGUCAUUUGUUUGCACAGUAUACAUAUCGUCAACAAAAGAUGAAUUAAGAUGUAUUCAGAGUCUGUUAGUGAAGACGGCUUCCAAAGAAGAGAGUGAUACCAACAUCAUGCCGCUGUGCAUUUUCUCUGUUUAUGUCCUAAACUGCUUUAAGCAUUAGUUAUGGGCUUUUUCUUCUUCAGAAUCAGAAAAAGUUUUAUUGCCAUGUACAGCAACAGGUCAGCAAAGAGCACUUUACAGUACUAGGAAUUUGUCUUAGUGUCAGGUGCGAACAUAUACACAGGUAUGAAAUGUCUGUACAAAUGUACACAAUUUUAGAAAAGAGCUAGAAUAAGUUAAAUAAACACUGUAUAAAGUGACUUGCAUGAGAAGUAGUGCAAUUUAGAAUGUAAAAAAUGAGUGACUGUCCAAACAUAUAUACAGAUGUCAAUCUGGAAUGAAAUAAAUAUUGUGUACAAAAGUGUGAGUUUGAAUGAACAGUAGUGCAAUUUAGAAUGUGGAAAUGACUGUCCAUAUGUUUUUUAGGGGUUGGGAGGGGGUCAUCUGGGGGUAAGUGAGGCACUGUUCAGCAGGCUGACUGCAGUGGGGAAGAAACUGUUCUUGUGGCAUGAGGUCCUGGUCCUGAUGGACUGGAGCCUCUUGCCAGAGGGGAGGGACUGAAAAAGUUUGUUUCUGGGAUGAGAGGGGUUGGCUGCGAUCUUGGCUGCACGUCUCCGGGUCCUGGAGAUGUACAGGUCCAGGAGGGAUGGGAGACUGCAGCCGGUUACCUUCUCAGCAGAGUGGAUGACACGCUGCUACUUGGCCUUGUCCCUGGCUGUAGCUACAGCAAACCAGACCGUGAUGGAGGAUGUGAGAAUAGGUUCGAUGAUUGCAGUGUAGAAGCUCACCAGCAUCUUCUCAGGGAGGAGAAACUUUUUCAGCUGCCACAGGAAAUACAUCCUCUACUGAGCCUUCUUGGUGAGGGAGCUGAUGUUCUGCUCCCACUUGAGCUCCUGGUUGAUGGUGGUGCCCAGGAAGCGGAAGUACUUGACAGAUGUCACUGAAGAGUCACAAAGGAUGAUGGGGGAGGGGGGCUGGGUCCUUCCUGAAAUCCACUAUCAUCUCCUCUGUCUUGAGAGAGUUGAGCUCCAGGUUGUUCAUGCUGCACCAUGACACCAGAUGGUCCAUCUCACUCCUGUAGGCAGACUCAUCCCCGUCACAGAUGAGGCCGAUGAGGGUGGUGUCAUCAGCAAACUUCAGGAGUUUGACAGACUGGUGACCAGAUGUGCAGCCAUUGGUAUAUAGGGAGAAUAGCAGAGGAGAAAGGACACAGCCUUGGGGGGAUCCAGUGCUGAUGUUCCGGGAGUCAGAGACAUGCUUACCUAGCCUCACAAGCUGCCGUCUCUCUGUCAGGAAGUCUGUGAUCCAACUGCACAUGGAGUCAGGCACAUUCAGCUAGGAGAGCUUGUCUCUAAGUAGAGCUGAGACAAUCGUGUUAAACAUAUUGGGUAAAGACAUAUUUCUUCAUCCUAAUCCUGAAAUAGGACUACCCAGCAUAUUUUGGAGUUUUCCUGGCUCUUAUCUCUGAACCCUGGUUCAAAUAAUUAGAAGAAAUUGUGCAGAAAAAUGGUACUUAGGGCCCAAGAUACAGAAACACUUUUGGUGUAUCCCGAAUUGCAUACUUGUGUACUAUUCUAUGCCAUUUUGUAGUAUAAAUAGUGUGAGUAGCAUGUUUACACUGAAAUAAAAAGAAGUACCUGGAUGUGCUGUGGAAUGUUGGACAAUUCAGGACCUGAAUGGUUGCAGCUUUGCUUAUGUGUUGUGAUUUAUUUUUCAACAGUAAAAAAACUUCACUCUAUUCUGUUAAAGCUAGCAAUGUUGCCUUAUAUGCGUUUGACGUCUUUUGCAAUCAUUUGUGUUCCAUUACAGAUGAUACUACCCUACUAAAAUCCAUACACUAGACUGUAGAGUAAAUAGUGUACAAAUAGAAAUACUUCAUUUGGGACACAGCUUUUGUAAAUGAUAUGCAUCACUAACAAACUGUCAAAUAUUUGCCAAGAAACCUACAAUGAUAAAUAUUCAGCUGUAGCACUAAUUAGCCUAAGGUGAUUUAUUACUUUAAGUAUAUCUUAUUCUAGGGGAAAUUUUAAUCAAACAGAUGUUUGAUAAGUGAGUGCAAGUCUUCCUUCUUGAAUAGAGAAGAAAGAGAAGAGUGGAAGUUGUUUCUAUAUACCCACCCAACCAUUACAAGUAAUUUUUAGAGUUUUUAUAUAAAAUAAUUUAGUUACAUUUAGGAAGAAACAAAAACACAUUUACACACUAACAUCUCAUUUAAAUAAAGAAGGAUUCUUUAAAAAAAAAAAACCUUAUAAUCGUUGUUGAGGCCAAUUUUAAAAUCAUUUUAAGAUAUAGCCAAAAAUACAGUAAAAUAUUUUUUUCUCAUUAAUCUGCAAAAUAUUGGCACAUCACAUUAACAAGUAUUUACCCUUUACCCAGUACCAACCUCCGUGUGAAAUUACAACAUAUACAAUUUAAGUGAACAACAAUUAGUAACAUUUUGUAGGAAAACGGGGAAUAUAAAAAAGUGUCUACAACCUGGUUGCAUAAGUGCACACCCUUUUAAAUUUGGGGAUGUGACUGUGUUCAGAAUGAACCAAUCACAUUCAAUCACAUGUUCCAAAGUAUUUGUAAUACAGCUAUCAUCAAUUAAAUUGUGAUGAGCCCCAAAUAAAUAUCUUCUGUGAAGUCAUGGUUUACAAAGGCUUGCAAAGCAUUCAGACUAUCUUGACUUGUUGAAAGUCAUUAAUCAGGAGAAAUUAAAAAAAAAAAAAAAAAAAAAGUUUUCAAAACAUUGGAUGUACCAUGGAACACGGUAAAGGCCAUCAUCAACAAAUAGAAAAAAUGGAGCAGCACAGUGGCAUCACUCAGAACAGGAUGUCUCUCUAAAAUAUAUACAAGGACAGGACUAAAAUAUACCAGGGAGGCUGCCAAGAGACUUACAGCAACUUUAAAGGAGCUGCAGGAAUAUCUAAGAAGUAUCUCUGCAUUUGACAGCAAUGUCUGGGAUAUGGAGUAGACUAAAAUUGUCUAAGCUCAACUAAAUCCUUUCAAACCAUGUGCCAAAAUGUGUUAUGGUCUGAUUGGAACAAUUCCAAAAGGUAUGAUUCCAUAAUUUCAAAAGGAAUUUUGGUGCAAAGAAAAGCACAUCAGCUAAAGAUCACCAUACACAUGGUGCAGCAUAGUGGUGGCAACAUCAUGCUUUAGGGCUUCUUCUUGGUCACCUCCCUGUGAGACCUGGUGCUUUCUCACAUAUUCCAUUAAAUAAAGAAUGAUGGAGCCUACCGGAUCUUGCAUGGUCUUUAAAACUGCAGGAAUCUUUUGGUCCCAUUCCCCACCUGUGCAGUAACACAAGCUAUGGACAUUUCCUUUGACCUUAUGGCUCGCUCUGACAUGCACUGUUAGCUAUGGGGUUUUUAGAAACAGAUGUGUCUAUUUCAUAUCCAUUCAACUGAAUCAGGUGAACUUUGAUUGGUAGAAAAUGUCAAUAGAAAUAAGGUGCACCUCAACUCUGUGUUAUAAUGAUAGAGUGUUUUCAGAGUUUCACAAAACUGUUCAUAUUUUUAUGGGAUUUUUUAAGUAAUACAAAACAAAGUUAUUUUUAACUACUUAUUUACAUGUAUAAAUCCAUCCUGGCUUGUACAUGUCCCAUUUCUGUUAUAUUUUUUAAAGCUUUUUUCUUUCAGAAGAUAGAUGAUAAACUGGUGGUGAUGGAUGUGUUAAAUAAUAAUACACAUUAUAGAAUUUUGAAAAUAGAUCACCUUUAUGGUGGUUGUCAUGCUUUGUGCUUUGUGUUUUGUUUUCAGUGCAUCUGUCCUUUGACCAGGAUACACAGAGUCAAACACUGCAUGUAAUACAAUUAAUUAGUAAUGAUGAUCAAAGAUUGUUCAACAUAAGCAGACUAUUUGCAGUCUAUUGGCCAAAAUAUCAUUACUAGAAUGCAGUUUAUUACUCAGUAUAUGAACAUGUCUGGGCUGCUCUUCCCUCUGCCCAUGAGGCCAUGAAACAGUGGCACUGCUGGGAUUUCUUAAACAGUCCAGAGAGGAAAUAGGAUAUGGAGAAAGUUCCACAGUUCUUCCUCUCAUCUACAGAAAAUGAAGCCCCUGCUGGAAUGAAAAACAGAGCUAUACAAACACACUCCUUGACCUUGGCAUGUGUGAAGCAUGUAGAAAUAGCAGGAAGUGGAAUCAAUGACAAAAAACUAUCCAUGACAAAAGAGUGGAUUUUUGGAUCUACUUUGAAAAGCUUAAUAAAAAUGUAGAAACUUAAUAGAGAACAGAAAGUGAUGCAGUUUGAGCUAAUUUAUGAAGAAACAACACUGGAAUUGAGGUCUUUUGUUAAUAAAGAUGAUAAUGAUGUGUAUAUAAUAAAAAUGAUGUGAUCCUCCUAUUAGGGUCAUGUAUUUGUAGAACUAAUCUAAGAGAUCAUUCUCUUGCAGUAGUGCGAGUUUUACAUUUCACUACCAGGGCCAGUACUGUUCUAUUUUCCAAACAAAUCCUGAUCAUUUACUGUUUUGUUCUAUUUAAUCAUUUCCUGGUGGCCUUGCAUGCAGCUUAGGUCUUUUUUUGAGGCAUAAGGCAAAAUUAGCAAUACAACAAUGGAAUGUCAGCUUAAUUAUAGUUUGUAUGGGUCAAAAUUAGCAACCCAGAACCAUAAUCUUCUUUUUAUCGGUUCACUUUUAGCAUGUGUAUAUGUGUGUGCACGCGUGUGUGCGUGUGUGUGUGCUCGUACGGUAAAUAUAGACUCUGUGCCCAUGGCGCUGUGGUCAUAGCCUAGUGGGUUGUGGCUGGAGUGGGCGUGAGUGGGGGAUCUGGUGCAGGGGAUCAGUGGUGAGAGGUAGUCAUCACUAUAGCUGUAGUGGGGAUCUGAGCGUUUGUUGUGCAGCAGACUCUGUGCACUUGGGGUGGGGUGGGCUCUGCCACAGGAACCCAGACUUUGGCACAUACUCAUCUCUGUUUCCUUUAUAAAGGGAUAGAAUUGUUGGCUCAAAGAAGCCACAAAUGCAAGCUAGGCCUUUUUCUUUUAUUUAUCUAUUUAUUUUUUAAUCAAGCUAAGUACCCUACAUUGGUCAGUUGGCUGGUGCAUCUCAGUAAUGCAGUAGAGGGUGAAUGGAAAAGAUAUUUGCCAACAACAUAAGGAUAUAGAAGAGUUUACUUGAUGUAAUGAGGGUAAUUAUAGAUAGUCUGAUCUGUUUCUGUAAUAAUAACCUCCUUCCAAAGACUUGGUCUUAUGAGCAAAACACAAAGUCAUUCCAUAGUUUAAAAUUACACUCUGGUACUGUCUUGAAAGAACUGUAAUCAUUUCCUCAUGCCAAGAAGAGCUUGUUUAAAAUUAGUAUCAGGUAGGGAUGCAGCAGAAUCCAUUGUUCAGAUUUUGAAGCAGUUUUGCAUAUUAUCAGGGAUAUUUUUGUCACUUUACAAAACCUCUAAAAAUACAGGACUGUUGUGACUACACAGAGCCCCUGAUAUUUAUGGUUGCAGCUAUAAAUAGAGGACUGUUAAACCCAGGAACCGGGCCCAUUUCUGCGUCUGCCAUAAUUGUAUGUGGAUUCUCAAAAUUACACAAAACACAACCGAGGAAAACAGACAACUGAGGGCAAAAAUAACUUCACUGUUGACUGUUUCAGUAGUGCCUGGUGCUCUAGCUGGCCAAAAACGCUUUAUGUCUUUAUGUAAGAAUCACAUUACUUAAACAUUGCCACUUCAUGUUUUCCUCUCAGCAGUUCAGUGAUCAUAAGCAGGGCCGGGCUUCAGCUCAGCCAUUCCUCUGUUACUCUCUGCAGUUCUGUGAGUAAUGGGGUUUGGUCAAUAUUACUUUACAGAGAAUAUACACUAUUUUACACUGGUUAUAUUGAGAUUUAAAAAGAAAAGAGAUGAGGAAGCCCUACUUUAUUAACAGAUGCAAACAUCUGGGAACGUACUAAAAUGUAUUAAAAUAUCUUCUGAUAUCAUCUGAAGAUAUGGUGCAGUUUUUUUUUUUUUUGGUUGUUUUUUUUUGCACAAAUUUGUUAGAUGUGUUUUAUUUAUGACUUGUGCAUUAUUGAGUCUGUACAUUUCCAAACAUUACAUUUCUUAUAAAAAAUAAAUGUUACAGAAAAAGAUGUUUGUAUGUCUGUCAAGAAAGCAACAUAUCACCGCUUUUCAGACAAAAAUAUAAAGCAAGUGUGACAGGCAAAGUCUCCAGGAAAAGAAGAUAUGUCUCAAGGUGCUCAGUAAAACUUAUUUUCCAGUUUCCUUAUAGCUCCACAAAUGGUACCUGGUACCUUUUUUGUUUGUUUGUUUGUUUGUUUGUUAUUACUGUUCACUGCUCUUUAUGCAAUAUUUUUCUUUAUGCUCUUUAUACUAUACUUUAAUGAAUGCAGAAAUAUUUAAUUUCAUUGUUUUGAAGGUAUCUAUGAAUUAGCAUUUCUUUUGUAUGAUCUUAAGACUUUUGUACAAUGCAUCAUACAGCAAAGCCUUUAAAUGAUCCUGUUGUUAUAAUGAUCAAAUGUUAAACCACCAGCCACUAUUGGUUUGAGUAUUUCAGAAAAUGCUGAUCUCCUGGGGUUUUUACAUAUGGCAAUCUCUAGAUUUCGUGAAAAAAAAAAGCAGUGUGCAGUGGCUCUGUGGCCAGAAAAGCUUGUGAUGAGAGAGGGCAGAGGAGAAUGGCCAGACUGGUUAAAGCUGACAGGAGGUCUACUGAAACUCAAAUUAACCACACUUUAAAACCAUGGUAAGCAGUAAAGCAUCUCAAAAUGCACAUUGUGUUCUAUUCCUGUCAGAAAUCUCAGAACAUGAAUAUGAAGUUGAAGAUGAAAAACAUCACCUGUUUUUUGUCCAGUUUCAGCUUCACAUUCCUGACAGGAGUGAUUUUCUGCUGUUGUAACCCCACUGUUCGGGGUGUUAUCGGAAUCAGAAUCAGAAAAAGUUUUAUUGCCAGGUCCAGCAAAGGGUCAGCAAAGAGCACUUUACAGUACUAGGAAUUUGUCUUGGUGUCAGGUGCGAACAUAUACACAGAUAUGAAAUGUGUAUACAGUUUUAGAAUAAAACUAGAAUAAAUUAAAUAAAUACUGUAUACAGAAAGUGACUUUGCAUGAGAAGUAGUACAGUUUAGAAUGUAAAAGUGAAAGCGACUGUCCAAACAUAUAUAUACAGAUAUAAAGUAUGUACACAAUCUAGAAUGAAUAUAAUAUUGUAUACAGAAGUGUGAGUUUGCAUGAACAGUAAUGCAAUAGUGCAAUUAUGUGUACUGAUAUGCGUUAUUGUUAAUAUUAUUAAUAUUAUUGUAUGUAUUAUUUAAUACAUUGUAUGUUCUUGUUGUUGUUAUUAACAGUGGUAGUCUCAAUGGUUAAGGUUCUGGGUUACUGACCAGCACCUCCAAGCUGCCACUAACCCUCUCUGCUCCAGGACAUCAUGGCUGACACUGUGCUUUGAUACCAGCUUCAUGAGAUAUGUAUA